AUAUAUACACAUAAUUAGGGUUUUUAAUUUUUUUGAGUUUUGCCUCCAAAAGUGGUUUCCCGCCACUUGUACAUUUGAAACAAAACCCUCCUGCCAAAUUUCCCCUAUUUAUUUCCCUUUUAGCGCAGCUGCUGGUUUUCAGAAACACUUUUCCUUUGUAUCUAUCUAGGGUUCUGAAAAGUGUUGCGAUUGUUUGUGGGUGUUUGAGAAUUUUGCAAAUUCUUGAUGGGUUCCUCGAGUUUGAUGGUGGAGAAUCAAAGCGCGGUGAAUAAUGGCGUGGGUUUGGAAGACCAAGUGAAUCCAGGGAUGAAGGAAAAGAGAACACAGGGUAAAUCCAAAUCAAAUGUUUCUGAUGCUAGUAUCAAAGUGACUGCAAAACCAAAGAAAAAGCGAAUGUCUGAGAGCACUGAAAAUGUUUCUGGUUCUCGAAAAAUGCCAAAGCGAGCUGCUGCCUGCAGAGAUUUUAAGCAUAAAUCAGUUCGUGUCACUGAAAAACCAAAAAUAGAAACAAAAAGGGAUCAUGUAGUGGAAGAUGAAUUGGAAGCAAUAUGCUUGACAGCUAGCCAGGAUGCUCAGCGGCCAAAUAGAAGACUGACAGAUUUUGUCUUCCAUGAUGAAGAUGGAAUACCACAACCGGUAGAAAUGUUGGAAGUGACUGACAUUUUUAUUACUGGUCUCAUCUUACCCUUGGAGGAAACGCAUGAAAAAGAUAAGGCAAAAGGAGUUAGAUGUGAGGGUUUUGGGCGUAUAGAAACCUGGGCGAUAUCUGGGUAUGAAGAUGGCUCACCAGUCAUAUGGGUCUCUACUGAAAUUGCAGACUAUGAUUGUGUUAAGCCUACCAACAGCUACAAAAAUAUGUACUGUCUUUUCUAUGAAAAGGCACAUGCAUGCAUUGAAAUUUACCAGAAGCUAUCAAGAUCUUGUGGAGGUGAUCCUAAUCAGAGUCUUGAGGAGUUACUUGCUAAGGUUGUCCGUUCAAUGAGUGGAAGAAAAAGUUUUCCUCGUGGGAUGUCUGUUAGAGACUUCAUUGUUUCACAAGGGGAGUUUAUUUUUAACCAACUAAUUGGCUUGGAGGAGACAUCUAAGAAAAAUGAACAAAUAUUCAGUGAGUUGCCUGUUCUUGCUGCUCUUAGGGAUGAAAGCAAGAAAAAUAUGGGUUGUGUGGCUGGUGAGGUGAUUCCAUCUGAUAGGGUGCUAGAUACAAAUCUGAAAAUUAGAGAGGGAGAUAAUAUAAACCAGUCACGUUCAUCGAGUUAUGCAGACGAAGAAGAUGAAGAUAUGAAAUGUGCCCGGUUGUUGCAGGAAAAGGAAAACUGGGGACAAGUGAGACAGAAGAAAAGGCAGCGUAUGGUUACUUCCCCAAACAACUAUUACAUCAAGAUCAAUGAAGAUGAGAUUGCAAAUGACUAUCCACUUCCUGCAUAUUACAAGAAUUCUCUUCAAGAAACUGAUGAGUACCUUAUCUUUGAUGAUUAUGAUGAUGCAAAUGAUCCAAAUGAGCUUCCUCGAAGCAUGCUGCAUAAUUGGGCACUCUACAAUUCAGACUCUCGGCUGAUCUCUUUGGAGCUUCUCCCAAUGAAACCUUGUGCUGAUAUUGAUGCCACUAUUUAUGGUUCAGGGAGUAUGACAACUGACGAUGGAAGUGGGUUUUGUCUUGAUGGGGAGUCUCAUAAAACUUCCAGUUCUGUUGGAUCACAUGAUGUGGAUGGAAUUCCUAUAUAUUUAAGUGCAAUAAAGGAAUGGAUGAUUGAAUUUGGAUCAUCGAUGGUCUUUAUUUCAAUUCGGACAGAUAUGGCCUGGUAUAGGCUUGGAAAGCCAUCAAAGCAGUAUAUUCCAUGGUAUGAACCAGUUUUGAAAACAGCGAAGCUUGCAAUCAGUAUCAUCACAUUGUUAAAGGAGCAAAUUCGAGUAUCACGACUUUCAUUCUCAGAUGUCAUUACUAAAGUAUCUGAAUUUGACAAGAAUCACCCUGCUUACAUAUCUUCCAAUCCAGUGGCAGUAGAGAGGUAUGUGGUAGUUCAUGGACAGAUUAUACUGCAGCAGUUUGCUGAGUUUCCAGAUGAUGCUAUUAGGAAGUGUGCUUUUGUGACUGGUCUUCACGAUAAAAUGGAGGAAAGACAUCAUACAAAGUGGUUAGUGAAGAAAAAGGCGGUGCUAAAGAAAGAAGCAAAUUUGAAUCCUAGAGCAGCCAUGUCAGCUGUGGACUCGAAAAGGAAGGCGAUGCCGGCAACAACAACAGGACUGAUCAAUAGAAUAUGGGGAGAGUUUUACUCGAAUUACUCACCAGAAGACUCGAAGGAGGGAGAUGCAUGUGCAGUGAAGGAAGAUGAAAUUGAGGAGGAACAAGAAGAAGAAGGAGAAGAGGAUUUUGAAGAGGUUGAAGAAGAAAAGGGAUUGGUUAUUGAGCAAACUGUGAAGCCUUAUUCAGGAUCAAAACAAGGAAAGCUGUCCUGUUGUAGUGAGGAAAUUAAAUGGGAUGGGGAGGCAGUUGGCAGAAUGCAUGGGGUUGAAGCUCUCUAUAAACAAGCAAUAGUUCGUGGAAGUGUGGUUUCUGUUGGUGGUUCUGUCCUUUUGGAAACAGAUGACUCAGAGGAAUAUCCUCCUAUCUAUUUUGUCGAGUACAUGUUUGAAGACUCGGACGGGAGAAAAGUGGUUCAUGGAAGAUUGAUGAUGAGAGGAUUUCAAACUGUUCUUGGAAACACUGCUAAUGAGAGAGAGGUAUUUAUGACAAAUGAUUGCUUGGAAUUUGAACUGGGUGAUAUUGGGCAAACAGUGGUUGUUGAACCCCGGUUGAUGCCUUGGGGUUUUCAGCAUCGCAAGUCUAAUGCCGCUAAUGAUAAGGCUGACAGGGCAAAAGCAGAAAACAGAAAAAGCAAAGGAUUGCCCAUGGAAUACUUCUGUAAAAGUGUGUAUUGCCCGGACAAAGGUGGUUUCUUUCGUCUUCAAAUUGAUUGUAUGGGUCUUGGUACUGGGAUUUGCCACUCCUGUAAAAUAAAGCAAUCUGAGAAGGAGAAGGAAGUCUUCAAGAUGAAUUCUUCCUUGACUGGCUUUUCACACAAUGGAACUGAGUACUGCAUUCAUGACUUUGUAUACUUAGAUCCUCAUCAUUUUGGAGAAGAUGGGAAGGACAGUGAAAAUUUCAAGGGUGGGAGGAAUGUGGGUUUGAAAGCUUAUGUUGUUUGUCAUUUGCUGGAGAUUGAAGGAGUGAAAGCUCGGAAGCAAGCUGACCCUGAAUCAAUGAAAGUUAAAGUUAGGAGGUUUUUCAGACCAGAGGACAUUUCAGCAGAGAAAGCGUACCGUUCGGAUAUACAAGAGGUUUAUUACAGUGAACAGAUGGUCACAGUGCCUCUCAUUGCCAUAGAAGGGAAGUGUGAGGUCCGAAGAAAGCAGGAUCUUCCCUUCAUGGAUGCCCCUGUCAUUUUUCAGCAUAUCUUCUUCUGUGAAUAUUUUUAUGACCACAAUAAUGGAGCAAUCAAGCAGUUGCCAGCUCACAUUAAACUAACUCCUUCUAAAGAAAGGGUUGUGGAUGAUGCUACAAUUAGAAAGAAGAAGGGGAAGUGUAAAGAAGGUGGUAGUGGUUUUGAUGAACAAAAGAAUGCGUCUUCUUCAAAUCGCCUUGCCACACUAGACAUUUUUGCUGGUUGUGGUGGGUUAUCUGAAGGUUUACAAAGAUCAGGAGUGUCUCUGACCAAGUGGGCAAUUGAAUAUGAAGAACCUGCAGGGGAAGCUUUCAAAUUAAAUCAUCCGGAGGCACUGAUGCUCAUUAAUAACUGCAAUGUGAUUUUAAGAGCUAUCAUGACAGCAUGUGGGGAUGAAGAUGACUGUAUUUCAACUCCUGAGGCUGCCGAGUUAGCUGCAAAGCUUGAUGAGAAGGAGAUCAAUAAUCUGCCUCAACCUGGACAAGUUGAUUUUAUCAAUGGAGGGCCUCCAUGUCAGGGCUUUUCGGGAAUGAAUAGGUUUAAUCAUGGAGCCUGGAGUAAAGUUCAAUGUGAAAUGAUCUUAGCAUUCUUGUCCUUCGCUGAGUAUUUCCGCCCGAAGUUUUUCUUGUUAGAAAAUGUCAGAAACUUGGUAUCAUAUAACAAAGGGCAGACAUUCCGGUUAACACUAGCUUCACUUCUUGAAAUGGGUUAUCAGGUGAGAUUUGGUAUCUUGGAGGCUGGAGCAUAUGGUGUAUCGCAAUCUCGGAAACGUGCAUUUAUAUGGGCAGCCUCUCCUGAAGAGACACUUCCAGAAUGGCCUGAACCAAUGCAUGUUUUUGCUGGUCCAGAGCUUAAAAUAUCAUUGAAUGGAAAGAGCCAAUAUGCUGCUGUUCGAAGUACUUCGACUGGUGCUCCUUUCCGUGCAAUAACUGUUAGAGAUACAAUUGGAGAGCUCCCAGCUGUUAAAAAUGGGGCUUCAACAACUAUUAUGGAGUACAAAGACGAACCUGUGUCUUGGUUUCAAAAGAAAAUCCGAGGAGAUGCUCUGGCCUUAACUGAUCACAUAUCAAAAGAAAUGAAUGAACUCAAUCUCAUUCGGUGCCAAAGAAUACCUAGACGCCCAGGUGCUGAUUGGCGUGACCUUCCUGAUGAAAAGGUUCGGUUGUCUACAGGACAAGUUGUUGAUUUGAUACCUUGGUGCUUGCCAAACACAGCCAAAAGACACAAUCAAUGGAAGGGCUUAUUUGGAAGGUUGGAUUGGGAAGGAAACUUUCCAACGUCUAUUACUGACCCACAACCAAUGGGUAAGGUUGGGAUGUGCUUUCAUCCUGACCAGGACAGGAUACUCACCGUACGUGAAUGUGCUCGAUCUCAAGGUUUUUCAGAUGGGUAUAAAUUUGCUGGUAAUAUUCAGCAUAGGCAUAGGCAAAUUGGCAAUGCGGUCCCUCCUCCUCUGGCAUUUGCUUUGGGGAGUAAACUCAAGGAAGCAGUGGAAGGGAAAAGCGGUAGAUAGUUGAAUUGCUGUUAAUGCACAUCCGUGCAAUUGUACGUACCUCAAUUGUGUUUGUAAAAUGAAACUAAUCUUAUGUAAUUUCUUUUUGCCCAAGGCAAUAAUAUCAUAGAGUUGGGUUUAUAUUGAAAUUGACCGAGAAUGUAUCACUUUAUAUAACCUGGUUUGAACCCAACUUUAUUGUAUCUCACUCACAUUUAAGUAUUAGUCCGUUUAUAGGACUAUACUCAUAUGUAGUUCUUGAUUUGAGUUUGACAGUAGCUGGAGUCUCUUAUAUUUAAUCUAAUCCUGACAAGUUUGGAUUAGAUAUAAGAGUUUGAGAAAGAUAUGUAAUAUUUAAGAAUAAGAAUGAGAUAUAACAUGUAAUAGGAUAUGAGAUGGAUUAUAUAUAUUGUGAGGUCAUUUAUAUUA